UUUUUUUUCUGACCUUAAACCCUUGAUAAAAGCUUUUCGGCCAGUCUAUCAUUUAUUCAUCCUCUUAUCUUCUCACCCUCUUUUCCAUCCUCUCUCACCCUCACCCUCUUUCCCUCCUCCUCUACUCCUCCCUCCUCCUCCACUCCCUCCAUCCCCAGGCAUUAUGUCUAUCUACAAUAUCAACACAAAGUUUGACAGUUAUGAACUCAAUGAGCGUCGUCGUGAGGCUUUGGCUAAGAUUGACAAUGCAGAGUUUGGUUGGUUCCACAUUCGUGCAUGCCUUGUUGCUGGUGUCGGUUUCUUCACUGAUGCAUACGAUCUUUUCGCCAUCAACCUGGUCACACCCAUGAUUGGUAUGAUCUAUUUCAAUGGUGCGCUCCCCUCUGAUUUGGACUUGGGUAUUAAGAUCGCUGCUUCCAUUGGAACAUUCAUUGGCCAAAUUGGCUUCGGUUACCUUGCCGAUCGUCUUGGGCGCAAAAAAAUGUAUGGUGUUGAGUUGAUGAUUAUCAUUGUCGCUACCCUUGGUCAGUCUCUCUCUGGGAAUGGAUAUGUUCUUUCAUUACCUGCUGCAUUGAUCAUCUGGCGUCUCAUUGUCGGUGUCGGUAUUGGAGGUGAUUACCCCUUGUCUGCUGUCAUCACUUCUGAGUUUGCUACCACCAAUCGCCGUGGAGCCAUGAUGGCUGCUGUCUUUGCCAUGCAAGGUUUUGGUUACUUGACCACGGGUAUUGUUACCCUAAUCCUCCUUGCUGCCUUUAAAGACAGCAUUAUUGCUAACACACAGAACUUGGAUUAUGUCUGGCGCCUUCUCAUUGGUUUCGGAUGCAUUCCAGCUCUUGUUGCUGUUUACUUCCGUCUUACUAUCCCUGAGACCCCACGUUAUGUCUUGGAUAUUGAGAACAAUUUGAACAAAGCUGAACGUGAUGUUGCUAAUGUCUUGAAAGAGAGCCGCAACCACCUCCAGUCCGAGGACGAUGCCAAUGAGGGUAUUAUCUCCAAUCCUGCUGUCGUUAAGGGCUCUUUCUCAGAUUUUUGCUCGUACUUCUCCAAGUGGGAGAACUUCAAGAUUCUCUUUGGUACCUCGAUGGCCUGGUUCGCUUUAGACGUUGCCUUCUACGGCAUUGGUCUGAAUAACUCCUUCAUUCUCUCUUCAAUCAAAUUCUCGGAUGUCGAGGGCGAUAACUUCAGUACCUGCUGGAAUGCAGCUGUCGGUCAGAUCAUCAUUGUCCUCCUCGGCGCCAUCCCUGGCUAUUGGGUCACUGUCUUCACGAUUGAGCGCCUAGGUCGUAUCAAGAUUCAGAUUAUUGGUUUUGUCAUGUCAUGCAUCCUCUUCUGUAUUCUCGGUUUUGCUUACAACCCAAUCAAGGAUCAUUCGGUCCCUCUUUUCAUUUUUCUUUUUGCUGCCACCCAAUUCUUCCAAAACUUUGGCCCUAACGCAACCACAUUCAUUAUUCCUGGUGAGGUCUUCCCCACCCGAUAUCGUUCGACUGGCCAUGGUAUCGCUGCUGGUUCCGGCAAGUUGGGGGCUAUCAUUGCCCAAGUUGGUUUCUCUCAUCUUAAAGACCGUGGUGGCCUUAACAACAACAUCCCCCAGCUUCUCCAGAUUUUUGCCAUUUUCAUGUUUAUUGGCUUGGUUGUCACCUUCCUUAUCCCUGAGACUAAGGGUAAAACCUUGGAAGAGCUUGCUAAUGAACACGAGCUUUCUAGCAACUUUCGACAAGUCAACAACGCCUUAAAUGACGACGAUGAUUAAAAACAGUAUAAACAUAUACUUUUCGUGUUCCCUUUCUUCUCUCCCCUAACGCAAUGUACUUGUAAACAUAAAACAACCAAAAAAAACGUUUAAACAAAUAUACCACAUUUCGCCUAUGCCAUAAUAAAUAUAUAACUUGUAAUAUAGAUCAACC